AUGGGUGCUUUCUGGAGAUGGCUUCAGGAGAUAGGAUUGCUCCGCCUGGUGCUGGGCGUCGGCAGGAAGCCACUCUUCGAGUAUGAUGAUCACUAUGUGAUGUUGAACGACAUCGGACGGAACCACUUCUACCGGGAAGCACUCGAGAACUUCUUGGCGAGUUGUCCUGGCUGUGCGGUCCUAGACCUCGGAGCCGGCAGCGGGCUGCUGGCGAUCCUCGCCGCCCGGGCAGGAUCUGAAAAGGUCUGGGCCAUAGAGGCGAACCCACAUCUCGCAGAGCUUGCAACAAGGACUCUGGAGCGCAACAGAGCGCUUUAUCCAAAGACAAACAUGAGUGUCAUCGCGCAGCUGUCAGCGCAAGUUGAUGCUGACGCUCUGGGGCGGAAAGCUGACUUGUUGGUGACGGAGACUUUUGGCACUAUGUUGCUGGGUGAGGGAGUGCUUACAUUCGUGUCAGAUGCAAGAGAUCGUCUCUUGAAAGAGGGCGGCCAAAUCAUCCCUGCCGGUGGCUGCCAGUACGUCACUCUGGUUCAGAUGUCGGAGCCCUUGUGGUCGCCUCCAUCCUGGCGUGGCUUCAAUCUGAGCCGAUUGGAGGACCUUCAGGACACGGUCUAUUGGAAGGCUAUGGUUGGUGCCUCUAGCACCGAACAUAUCAAGCUGAGCAAGAGGACUUGCGUCUUGGAGCUCGACCUUUACGAGGCAACGCCAGAGCAGAUUCCAAAGAAUCGCACGUUUUGGAUUCAAAUGCAGCAAUCAGGCACUAUCGAUGCUGCCGUGUUUGAUUGGGACAUUUGGGCAGACCGGAGCAAGCGCAAGGUGUUGAGCACUGCUCAGGGCUCUCGCAACUUUGCAGGUGAUGUCGCAUGGGGAUGGUUGCUGCAGCCGCAGGAGGAAGCUGCCGAGGGCUGGCGCUUCGGAGAUCAUCCGAGGAGGCAAAAAGUCAAGGCCGGAGACUGGGUGCAGGUUGCCGUGGAGUUCAUUGCGACUGGCAUCAGCAUGCACCUCCGUGCCCGCUCAGAACACGGUGCUGUAGGCCUCGAGGAGGACAUGCUACCGCCCAUCAGCUUACCGUCCAGGCUACAUGGAAUUCCCCGGCAAACCAUCAAGGAGGCCAACGAGUUCUUGCUUCCAGUUGCCGGGGAUCAGGAGCGACAUGACUUCUAUGCCGAGGCUUUGCAGGGUGCGGUCCGAGAGCUGGCAGCCCGGCCUCAUACAUUGCUGGACUGCAGCGGGAACGCGGGGUUGCCUGGCUUCUAUGCAGCCAAACACGUCUCUUUGCGGUCCUUGGUGAUGCCUGGCUCGGAGCAUGUCGCCUCCGUACUGAGACACAUCGCCGAGGAGAACGGGGUGGAGGGAGCCGAAGUCUUCGCCGGGGAUCCACGAGAGAUGUUUGAUGUGCUCCUGCCAGAGGGUAGGCGGGCAGACAUUGUGGUGGUGGAUCCCCCAGGCACACCGCUGCAGGGCCGGAGCCCUUUCGCAAUCCUGCCCGCCCUUCGCAAGGAGCUGCUGCAGGACGCGGGCCUGGUGGUACCGCCGCUUGCCUGCUUCGAAGUGGGGCUCCUCGAGAGCCAGGAGCUCUCGCAGAUCUUCUCCAUUCCGAAUGGAACCCGGGAAGAGGUGGACCUGCAAGUGUGGAACGAAGAGGCGAGGAGGCAAGGUCUUCUGAGCCGCAUGGUGCCCUACACGAAGUGGCUUGGUGGUCAUUCCACUUUGCGGCGCAGGUGGCUGUCGCAGCCGAAGUGUGUGUACCAUGUUGAUUUGAACAGAUACGGGCGGGCUCCCGUAUCGGGAGAGGAGACGUUUCGGCGGCCGCUCGCCGUUGAAGCAGCUGGUGUCGUGCAUGCUAUGGUGGGACGCUGGGUGGUCUUUGCUGAGAAGGGGCCUGCAGCACGCCGACUCGGAGCCGAGAGUACUUACGAGGGAAGGGACCUGACUUGGCCGCAGUAUGUCCAAGCGGUGGCGAGGGCCGACACGAACCCCGGUCUGCUGGAACCCCUACCCGUCGAAGCAGGCGCUGUGCAGCAGCUAGAGGUCACUGUGCGGCUUGGAGCAGCCAAGGUGACAGGAUCCGCUGGCCCAGAAUUCACUUUGCAGCUUGUUGGGACCGAUCAAGACGAUGUUUCUGCAAGACGAGGUGAUUCUGUGAGAAGGACCAGUGAAGCGCCCACCGAGCUCUAG